AUGCCACCCAAGAAGGCCCACAAAAAGACGGCUCCUGGAUCCACACCGCCCUCGGCGAAGAAGGAACAGAAUGUUCCGACAACGGUUGUUAACGAGAAGGAGACCAAGAAGCAGGCUUUUGUGGUCCGGACCAUCUGGACGCUGCUGAUGAUAUUUGGGAUGUUUUCCAUAAUUGGUGCUGGACACAUAUGGACAAUUGCCCUUGUUCUUGUGCUUCAAACCCUUGUUUUCAAAGAGUGUAUCACCAUCACCACCGAGACUGCGCGACUUCAGAAUCUUCCCUUCACGAAAACUUUGAACUGGUACUUUCUGUUCACCUCGAUCUACUACCUGGAUGGCAAGUCACUGAUGUCCUACUUCACCACUCUGUUUCUGAAAACAAACGUUCCAAUCGCAAUAAUAAGAAGCAUGACUGCCCAUCACAAGUUCAUCGCAUACUGUCUCUAUGUGCUUGGAUUUGUGUUUUUCGUGGCUAGUUUGAAGAAGGGUUACUACAAAUUUCAAUUUGCCCAGUUGUGUAUUACCCAUAUGACUUUGCUGCUUGUGGUGUUGCAAUCAUAUUGUAUCAUCAGCAACAUCAUCCAAGGGAUGAUCUGGUUCUUGCUUCCCGUUGGUUUGGUCAUUACUAACGAUAUUUUCGCCUAUAUUUGCGGAAUCACCUUUGGAAGAACGCAACUUAUCGCGAUCUCUCCUAAGAAGACCGUCGAGGGCUUUGUUGGUGCCUGGUUUUUUACCGGAUUGAUGUCUGUUGGACUCGCCUAUUUUUUGAGCAAUUACAGCUUCUUCAUCUGUCCUGCGGAAGGCGAUUUGAGCGUCUCCGUGCUAUCCGGUUUGACCUGUGAUCCAAACCCUGUCUUCAUUGAACAAAUCUUCAAGCUGCCCCCCGACCUGGCCAAGCUGAUUGGUAGAGAUUUUGUGUCUUUCAAGCCUAUCUACUUCCACGCCAUGAUUCUGGCCACGUUUGCGUCACUCAUUGCUCCUUUUGGGGGCUUCUUCGCAUCUGGCUUGAAAAGAGCCUUCAAAGCCAAGGACUUUGGAAACACUAUUCCCGGCCAUGGUGGAAUCACUGAUCGUAUGGACUGUCAGUUCAUGAUGGGUUCUUUCAGUUACCUCUACUAUGAGACAUUCAUCUCUACCCACAGGCUGACUUUGGGUUCCUUGUUACAAACGGUUGUCAUCAACUUGAACCCCGAUGAAAUUUUGAUGCUGGUUCAAUCCUUGCACAGUUACUUGAACAAGAUUGGUGUCAUUGACGACAAGGUGUACAAGAAACUGGAGCAAUUGCUGCAAUAG